AAAAAUUUUGAAGAUGGUUACGAACGAGAAGGUGCACAUUUAUCAAUCUAUCACAAAGGCAAACUUGUAGUCAACGUCUGGAGUGGCCAUGCAGAUUUUGAAGCUGGUCGUCUGUGGACAAAUUACACUAAGAUGGUGUUAUUUUCUGCUACAAAAGCUAUAACAUCGUUAUGUGUGGCAAUGUUGGUUGACAGAGGUCGUCUUGCAUAUGACGAUUUGGUAGUUAAAUAUUGGCCAAAAUACGGUCAAUUCAGCAAGGAAAAUACAACUAUCGAAGACUUGCUCACUCAUAGGGUAACUAAGGCAGGAAUACCGUAUCUUGAGGACAUAACGAUGAACGAUGCAACAGAUCCAAGCCGGAUAAUGGAGAAACUUGAAGGUGCGAAACCUCUCUGGAAACCGGGAUCUGCAUCUGGAUAUCAUGCAAUAACUUUUGGAUGGUUAGUAGAUGGAGUAUUUCGAAAGGCUGAUGAAUAUGGACGAGAUGUCAAGACAUUUUUUAAAGAAGAAAUUGCUGAUAAAUACGGGCUUGAUAUCGUUAUUGGCCCUGACCAAGCAAAUUUCGGUUCAUACGCGCGAAUCACGCUACCUGGCUUGGUUGAGUAUGCUCGCGAUAUUUUUGCUGAUCCACGGAUGAUAGCGAUGUUAGGCCUGUUGUAUGUCAGGUCUUCAAACUCAAUUGCUGCAAAACUUCGCAUUCAUCCGUCUUGGAUUCCACUCAACUAUGAUACCGUGGCUCUAAACGACCCAAAGAUAUUGUCGCUCAAUUUGCCAUCAGUAACUGGUGUUGCAAAUGCGGAAAAUCUAGCCAGACUUUUCUCCAUGAUGCUUGAUGGAAAACUGAUUAGCAACAAGACGCUUUCUCUGAUAUCUAAGCCAACAAUGGACGGUUGGCAUUUGGAACAGGUGGUUCUGUAUCCAUUCGUAAAAGGCCAUGGCUUUUUCUUUGCUCCUCGCCCGAUAAGAGAGGGCGGUUAUGUGUGGGGUCAUCCAGGGUAUGGUGGUCAAGCUUUAAAUGUUGAUGUUGAGAAGGGUAUAUCAUUUGCUUAUCUUACGAAUGGUCUCAAAACUGGUUCUGGCGAAAUGUGUAAGACGUACUGGCGAUUACUUAACAAAUUAUAUGAGAUUGUUUAA